ACAGCCAGUACAAGAGACUGCUCUGUGUACAGUGGAAUGGCAUGAAGGGAAUUUCUGUGAUGCAGCUCAAAUUCAUUUUAUAAUGGAAGCAGAAUCUCACAAAGCACUGAUGGCAGAAGAGAAUGCUCCCUGUGAUGGCGAUGCCCCUUCAAUGCCACUAGAGUUGCAAUUACAAGCCUCCCCAAAAACACAGCCGUAUGUGUGCACUUUGAGUCCACAACUAAUUGCUAAGGCACAAGAAGAGCUUCAGGAGAAACCUGAAUGGAGACUCCGUGAUGUGCAGGCCCUAAGAGACAUGAUUUUGAAAGAACAACCAAAUUUAAAAACGCGUUUGGAUGACGCCUUCUUAUUACGUUUUCUCAGAGCUCGCAAGUUUGAUUAUGACAGGGCGUUGAAGCUUUUAGUGAAUUACCAUGCAAGCCAAAGGACUUGGCCUGAAGUGUUUACAAAUUUGAGGCCAUCUGCAAUAAAACAUGUUCUAGACUCUGGAUUUCUUACUGUUCUACCUUAUCCUGAUCCAUUUGGUCGGUGUAUCUUGGUAAUUCGACCAGGAAAAUGGAAAAUUGGUGAUUAUCCCAUUACAGAAAACAUUCGUGCCAUUUAUAUAACAUUAGAGAAGCUUGUCCGAGCAGAAGAAAAUCAGGUGAAUGGAAUUGUAAUCCUUGCAGACUACUGUGGAGUUACCUUGGCCCAAGCUGCACAACUUGGUCCGUUCAUGGCCAAAAAGGUCAUUGGAAUUCUUCAGGAUGGAUUUCCGAUGAGAAUAAAAACUGUCAAUGUCAUUAAUGAACCCAUAAUUUUUAAGGGCAUUUUUGCUAUCAUAAAACCUUUUCUAAAGGAGAAGAUGACAGAAAGGUUUGUUCUUCACGGUUCAGAUCUAAGCUCACUUCACAAGGAUAUUCCACCAAAUACCCUUCCUCAAGAGUAUGGAGGUACAAUGGGAAAACUCAACACAGCGGCCUGGACUGAGUCUCUGUUGGCAUUUGAGGAUGAAUUUGUAGCAGAAUUUUCUCAGAUGCAUACACCAAUAGAUAAUUCACUGGCACAAUAUGCAGUGGGGGCAAAUGGUCAGUCAGGCCAACAGUGUGAUGAUUCCUUUAGAGGAGUGAGGUCACCAUUGUAUUACUGUUAUUAAUAAGACUCUUGUUUGACAUUUCUCAUGAUGUAUUUUAUUUUGGUGCUGGGGUAUUUAUUCAAAAUAAUGGUCUGCUCACUUUUAAAGUACUUUACAGUUUCUUCAAUGUCUAAAAUUGUAUUGGCAGAAAUGUCUGACUUCUACUUCCCUAUUUAAAGAAAUUGAAUAUAUAUUCUUGAUCUACAGCAGUAAUUUUAAAGACAGUGGCAGGCAGUUUCAAGGUUUUUGAUAAAUUAGUUGAUACAAAAGCUCAACUGUUAGCCUGCCAAAAAUGUGCAAAUCUGAACAUGUCUGAUCUGCCUGCUGUCAUGCUAUUGAUCUUGAACUGGCAACACCAUAAACAGGAAUAUUUGGUUCCUAAGCUGAAUAUUUCUCAACUGUAUAGAGAGAUCAAGGCCCAAUUUUUAAGUGAAAAUACUAGUGUCUUAACAUAAACCUUUUGGAUAUUGACAAGACAGUCACAUAAUUUAUAUUGUUCAGCAUCUGCAAUGGUCGCCAUCUGGCACUGCUGGGUAUUGCAGAAUAACAGAGCCAAAGUAAAUGUUAUAAUUCAAACCAUUAACUACACACUUUGAUAUUGAAAUGGUGCUGUGGGCCUUAAAGGGAUGAGGGAAAGAACAGUUUAUUAACAACUGCCUAUCUGAAGUAUUCAGUAAACAGCAUACAAAGAAUGACAGGGAGAUAGUAAGAACUGCAGAUGCUGGAGUCAGAGAUAACAAAGGAUGAUGGGUUCUUUUUAAAUUAAGUUGCAGAUAUCUCUGUUCAUUACAUGGUAAAAUAUACUUAACUCAAUUGGCCGGAUGGUUGGUUUGCAGUGUAGAGGUGAUGCAAACUUGUGGGUUCAAUUCCUGCACCGGCUGAUGUUACCAUGAGGGAUUGCCCUUUGCAACCUCUCACUCACUUGCGGUGUGGUGACCCUCAGGUUAAACUAUCACCAAUCCCCUCUCUGUAAUGAGACAGCGGACCCAUGUUCCGGUAAGACUAUCAUGACUUUUAUAGUGUAACAGAAGUACUUUUACUUUUGCUCUGGGUUUCAGAUAUGAUUUGAUUUUUUUUUUUGCAAAGAAAGCACAGGCAAUUCACACUUUGCACAUUUCAGUAAAUUCUUCUUGUAAGAAGUUAGCAUAUAAUGAUAUGCUGCCAUUCUGCUAACAUAUGUAGAAUUUCAACUGAGUCAAGUUGUUACAUUUCUCACUCUCCCUUCUCUUUAAAUAGCGGCAUUUAUUAAAGAAAAGCAUCAGGAUCAAAUAUUGACUAUGUAGUACUGUAAUUGGUCAACACAACUAUACAGAUGCCUAAUGUGCACCAUUUGUAAAAAAUUGAGAUAUAAAAAAAUCAUUCCACUAAUAUUGUCAACAUUAAAAACGUUUGACUUUUGCAGCUAUUUUUCUGAGGUUAACAGUAUUGUGGAGUUGUCAAACUGGGAUUUAACUGAUCUCGGUAUAUUUUUUCAAUAUUGAAUGUGGCAUUAGAAAGGGCAAAUUCCAUUGAUUGCUCUUGUUUGGAGGACUUUAUGAAAAACAAGUCCCAAACUAUUUAGUGUUUCUCAGUUGCUGAGACAGACGGAACUAAAUGAUGCAUCAUUGUGUUCAAAUGAGAAGUUAGUGUAAUUGCAGUACUGUAAUAUAAAACCAAAUUGCAAGGUCUUAAUUUUGAAAUUAUUACCAUUAUUCAUUCAGAUCCAGUGUGGCUUAAUUCUGCAACUAUUACUCCGUGAAGUAAUUUGUAUGUCAAAAACCAGCUGUGCUUACCCCACCCUUCAAGGGGUAGGGAAAAUAGGGAAAGGUUUAAAUGCAGGUCACAACUCCAGCAUGGACCUACGUGCAAUACAUGGGUCAAAUCCAUCCUAUUAUGUAAUCCUUGAUUUCUGUCCCUCCCACUGGUGGAAAUAAUUAACCUGCCAGCAGGUUGAUAGGAAUUUAAAAGUCUAAGCAUUUUCCGGCAAGAGGACAAUGGAUUAUCAUACAGCUCCUAUUCCCUGCAAUACUGCUGUCUGUAAUUAUCACAACUCCAGGAAUUGACCAGGUGAGGAACGGUUACUGCCUGCAAAUGGUGGGUAGCCUCGUUGCCAGUCGAGGCCGUUUUUCAACUGGCCUACAGGUCCUCUGUAGCACUGGGAGCAUUGCAAAUGACUUGAGCUGUCCUGAUUUCAUAUCACUACAACGGGAUCACUUUGAUGUACUGCUGCAGAUGCCUUGCCUGGGUUGGCUAAAGGCUGCCUAUGGAGGGAUUUCCCUCCACACUGGUCAUCCAGCUGUGGUCACUUUUAAUUUCAAGUAUAUUAAAGUUGCUCACGCCAGCUCUGUCCAGGGUAGAAGGCUUCCUAUUGGUCCUCCAGCUUUUAGAGCCUGCCUGCCUGCCAUCCCAAAUUGAAUGGCAAACACACUUUGUGGACACUAAUUAGUCAUUACAGCUAAAACCAGUGUCAGGUUACUGCUUCAAACACUGCGUUGGACUCCGGCACUACUUUUAGAUGGGAAUGUUGGUGAUCCAACUGCCUCAGUUCAAAUUCAGUUUAAAUUCAGUUUACCAGUCGAUUUGACAAACUUUUUGUGAUCCCAUUAUAAUGAAACACUAGACUCUCUUUUGAAAAUGUUAUAUUGCAUUGUAUCUUUGCAUAACUUGCACUGAAAAGCCCUGUUUUGGUCUCAAUAUCAAUGUAGCAACGAGCCAUACAAGCAUUUUGCACAAAGAAUUCCAAAGAUGCUUAGUUUCUCAAAGCUACGAUCUGACUAAAAUGUAAUAGAAACACAAUCUAAACAUGACUAAGAUUAAUUUAGCAUUUAGCAACACUGAGCCAAAUAAAAUUUAACACUAAAAGUAAUUGUGUUAUUUCAAAUCUGCAUAAUUUAGGAAGCAAACCACACAAUGCUUUUUAAUUGACAAAAAUAGUAUUGUGUCAUUUCGAUGUAGAUUUUCAGAAGUCAGUCAAUUGUGGGCCUUUAAACAAUCAAGUUGGCAAACUCUGGAUUGCUUGUCUGACUCAGUGGUGUUGAUUUGCUUUCCACAGUCAGUUCUGAUUGUUUUAGCAGGGGAGAAAGAACUGCGUUUAACAGGUUAAGCUGCCAUCUCCCAACGGUGGAAAGAAUCUUCUUAUGAUUUUAAACUGAUUGCAUGAUCUGUGCGUAACCAAGCCAGUUGUGCAAAAAGGUUGCUGUCUGGUGGGUAGGAGAGCUAUUUCAGUCAGCACCAAACCAGGUAGGCCACAGGAGACCAGAGCAUAGGAAUCAAUGAUCUUUUAUGCAGGGUCCUGAGGAGGAUGUUUGCUUCUCCUGAACUUAGAAAGAUUUCGUUUACUAUGGCUGCUGUCGGGAUGACUAGAGCCUCCAAUUUGCUUCAAUGCUACAGGAAGACCACAGCAAUGCUCCUUACUCUGGCUCAGGUAAAAGAUAAUUGGUGACAGUUGGGGUCAGGGACUCUUCUUCUGGUACAUUGGUAGUGGCUACAUCUGGGCAAAAGCGUCCAAGUUCAAGUUGCACAUGUUCUAAGAGAUCUCCCAUGACAUGUCUGAACAGGUCACUUAAUUGUGUUGGAGUUGGUAAGCAGGCUCCCCUGUUCCUCAUCGGAUUUUCACUGGGCAGGACAAUUUAAAUGGAUACCUCAGCUGUUUGAUUCUAUAGAGCAAUCAACGUCUUUUUGACAUUCCAUCACAAUUACUUUGUGCCAAAUCAGCUGUUUUGGAAUUACUAUUAUCUUAUUGCAGCUCUCAAAUCUGGAGGGCAAACACAUAACAUUUUACAUAAAUAUUUUUCAAAGAGAGUAUUUCACAAUUUUUGCUUAAAGCUUACUGUAUUGUUUUCCUCUGUACAACAAUAGUCUGUCAAGUAUUUAAAAUUGCAAGUUAUUUUUUAAUGGAGUUAUGAAAAGGAUGUAUAAUAUUGCUGAUGUACAUGAUGGGCUAUCUUAUUAAUGAAUAGCUCAACCAUACCAUGUAGUUUCCAAGUUUCACUAUAAUCUGAACUGCACUGGGAUGUCAGGAAUUAGGCUGUAAUUAGGUUGAGUUAACAAGUUGAAAAUCAAGGUUGUUGAUCUUGAAAUAGAACGCAUGUGCACAUUGAGGGGUAACAAUAUUAAAAUCAGUUAUGACUCCCUGCACCCACAAGUGUUCUGAUCAUUCAAAAUCUGUAGAACCCUAUCCUAGACAGAGGUCAACAGCAUCUUCAGGGAGAACAUUGGAUAUGAAGAAAAAUUUAUUUUAAUAAAUGUUUUAUAUUUUGUCUUUUGUACCAGAGUUACUUGGCAUAAAAUAAUGUGAACUUGUUAUGUUAAAUCUUGGGCUAGACAGUUAAUUCUGUUUUAAGUCACGUUCACAACAAUAUACUCAGAUCUAAAUAGGCACUUAAUGAUAGUUCAUUACUACUACUUGGACUUUUCUAAAAUAACUGUUACUCAAUAUUCCACUGUGUUAAUUGUUACAACUGGCAAUAAAAUUUGUUUUGAAAAUCUUGAAGUCUUUUUUGGAUGAAGCAAGCAAAUAUGUACAUAAGCAGGUGUAGGCCAGUCAAGCUUGUUCAGCUGUUCAAUACAAUCAUGGCUGAUAUUUCCAGCUUAAAUUUCAUUUAGGGAAUCAAAGGAUAUGAAUGAGUGGGAAGAGACCAAAAAUCAGUUUAUCAUGGCCUUAAACCUUUUCAGUGAUGAAGAAUCCCGACCCUCUACAGAAUUUCAGAGAUUCACAAACCUCAGAAAAAGUAAAUCAACCAUUUAUCUUGAGACUGUCAGCUAUUUUUUAGAUACUUCAGUCAGGAAAGCAACCUCAAUGGCUAGCCUGUCAAGUCCCUCCACCAUCUACACUUCAGAGAAAAUAGAAUCAAUUUAUUUAGAAUCAAUUUAUUCAGCCUCAACAGAGAACAACCCUCACAUCCCAGGGACCAAUCUAAAGUCAUAGUCAUACAGCAUGGAAACAGACCUUUCGGUCCAACUAGUCCACACCAACCACGUUACCAAACUAAACUAGUCCCACUUCUGGUGUUUGGCCCAAAUCCCUACAAAUGUUUCUUUUAGUGGCUUUAUAUUUAAUAUUCUUUGUAAAUUUAAGUUUGGAUGAUUGUGGAU